UGACCUCUGGAGGUUCUGAGUUUCCGGCGAAGCGAUACUGAAGCCGCAAUGGCGUCGGUGUUUUCAAAGCUGAGGGCAGGCUGCUGCCAGUAAUCCGCCUCCAUCGGCCUGAGUAUCGGCCAGAGCAGGCUCAAGGGUUUCUAACCUUGUUGCAGAAUGUCUUAUAAACACGCUGAUAGAGCCAUUUGCUGUGAAUCAAAGCGAUAUUACUGAUAAAAACUUAGAUACCAGAUACAAGUUUUUUACGUUCGCUAAUCCAAUAUUCUGGACUCCAACUGAACUCAAAACGAAAUAAAAUAAGUUUUUAAUGUUUGGAAACGGCGUCUAUCCUGUAAAAACUAUCUUCAGGAGCCAAAACAUUGCCAAGAAAAUCCAAGCCCCAGUUCUUGUGCCUUAAAGUAAAGACCUGAAGUUGCUGUCAGUGGCAGCCCAGCAGAGUAAAGAUUAUGGAAGAAAAGGAACAUUUGGGGUGAAUGUUCAGACAGACGAUCAGGAUCAGGGCCGCCUUCAGCACACUUUCACUUUAAUUUUCUUGUUUUUUUUGUGGGAUGCCGGGCUCGGAGAGAGCCGGGACUAAGGCGGAUGGAAGCAGUGGCCUGGGCUCCCUGCAGCCUGGCCCCAGCAGCGGCAGAGAGCGGCGCAAAGCAGCGUCCAGGCACAAGCGACACCGAACCAAGCACAGCAGGGACUCGCCGGGGGCGGCCACACAGACACCACUCACCAAGGUGAAGUCUUUGGUCGAGUACGAUGACAUCAGCUCGGAAUCGGACACUUUCUCCGAGGUCACCGUCCGUUCCGAACGGAGAGAGAAAGAGGACCGGGUGAGUUCAGACAAAGCGGUCAAAGUUCACAAACAUCACCACCAUCACACACACAAACGGGUUAAGGAGCACCAUAAGAUGAAGGAGGCUGAACGGGUUAAAGAUCGAGGGAGAAGGCCAGAAUCUGGCAAGUCCAGGAGUAGCAGAGAAAGGACUUCUUCCAAAAGGCAGGUGAUGGAGGAUGAAGACAGUGGGAAGAAAGAGCGAACGUCGCCUCUCUCAAAGCACAGCAGCAAGGAGUCAAAAUCUGCUAAAUCGUACAAAGAGAGAGCAAAGAAAGAGGAGCGGUCAACACACAAGGAAAGAACUAAGAGUCAAAAGAAAAAUAAGGAGACACCACGAGGCUAUCGAACGUCUCCCAGUCCAAAAAAGAAAAGUGGGAGCCCAAGACGCAAGCAUUCUUCAAGUCCAAAUAGGGAAGACAGCCCCAUUGGGCCAUAUGGCAAAGGAUAUGAUGCCAGUCCUGUUUAUAGGUCACGGACUUCUAGUAAUUAUGAUGGUUACUGGCGAAGUCCUGGUGAUUCCAGCCGGAAACAAUCGGCCAGCCCCCCCUAUUAUGGUUCCAGGGAGCCCACAGCCUACCAAAGUGGUUAUAACAUGAGAUCACCAAGUCCUUACGGCAGGAGACAACGGUCUUCAAGCCCCUACAGCAGGCAUCGAUCCCCCAGCUACGACAGACACAGCAGCUCGUAUGACUACAGUGGAAGGUCGCCAAGUCCAUACAGCAGGAGACGCUCAGUAAGCCCAUACAGCACCAGGCGGUCGUUCAGUCAGAGCCCAUUGGCCAGGAGGUCAGCAAAGUCAAGGAGCCGGAGCCCAGUGUACUCGAGACAUUCGCGAUCACGCAGUAAACACAGGCAAUCCCGAUCACGAAGCCGACAUUCAAGUAUUUCACCAAGCCGGUUUACCCUCAAAUCAAGCCUUGGUGCUGAGCUGAGCAAAACCAAAAGGGCAAGAGCUGCUGUGGCUGCCAAGUCCAGCACAAAAGACUCAAAAGAUUUAAAAGGUUCACUUGGAACUGUUUGUAAAACAAGCGCUCACAGUGCUGGUUCCGGCAGCACAGCCUCUGCGACACCACUUAAAGAUAUAAAAAAAUUGACUAAAAUAGUAAGGAGUGAGAAGCCACCUUCACCUAUUGAAACCUCAAAUGCAGUGAUUGUGAAGAUAGAGGAAGAUGUUGCUGAGGAGAAAAUCCCAGAGAUAAAAAUAAAGACUGAAUUACCAGAGAAUAGCCCAGUACUCUCCCCAUUGGCAUUGUCAGUAAAAGAGUCUAAAUCGCCAGUGGUGAAAUGUGAAGUGGAAAUGCCAAAAGAGAAGAGUCUGCCGCCUUUACCAAAUGAAAGCAAUUUGGAUAAACCUCCACUUCCUCCUUCAGGUUCUGCUCCACCACCAUUACCUCCACCAUCUCCUCCUGUAACAUUGCCUCCAGCCCCAGUACAGCCGCCACCUCCCCUACCACUAGUGACUCUGCAACAGUCUCAGCCUCCUCCAGAGAUUUCAAUUGAACCACCACCACCAACAACCACAGUGCACCUACCACAGCUCCCAGUACCGUUGCCGUUACCAUUGCCACCAAUAUCGAUGACUGUACCAGUCUUGACCCACGCACCAACCAUCCCUCAGCAGCUGUCAUCAAGGACCACGGUGUUGAGCAGUACACUCCCCAUGCCACCCAUGAUGAACUCAGUAAUGCCCUUACUGACUUCAACAUUACCACCACUGCCAUUGCCUCCACUCCUUCCUGGGGAAGAUGAUAUAGAAAGUCCGAAGGAGAUCCAACCUGUAAAAUCUACCAAGAAAGACAGAGACCAAAGAACACGGCAUUUACUAGCAGACCUCCCACUCCCACCGGAACUUCCUGGAACAGAUCCCUCACCUCCAGCUUCGCCAGAGCAGAAGACACCACCUCCAUCUCAACCGAUCCUUAAAAAAAGGCCCAAGAUCUGUUGUCCUCGCUAUGGUGAGAAAAAGGAGACUGAGAGUGACUGGGGCAAGCGAUGUGUGGAUAAAUUCGACAUAAUUGGAAUCACUGGCGAAGGAACAUAUGGGCAAGUUUACAAAGCUAAGGAUAAGGACACAGGUGAGAUGGUUGCCCUUAAAAAAGUACGGUUGGAUAAUGAAAAGGAGGGAUUUCCCAUCACGGCCAUUCGAGAGAUCAAGAUCCUUCGUCAGCUCAACCAUACCAGCGUGGUCAACAUGAAGGAAAUUGUGACUGACAAACAAGAUGCACUGGACUUCAAAAAAGAUAAAGGAGCUUUCUACCUGGUCUUUGAAUACAUGGAUCACGAUUUGAUGGGUUUAUUGGAGUCGGGGCUGGUGCAUUUCACUGAUGACCACAUCAAAUCCUUCAUGCGGCAAUUGAUGGAUGGACUAGAUUACUGUCAUAAAAAGAACUUUCUGCAUCGUGACAUUAAGUGCUCCAACAUUCUCCUCAACAACAGUGGACAGAUCAAGUUGGCGGAUUUUGGUUUGGCACGAUUGUACAACUCGGAAGAGAGCCGUCCAUACACUAACAAAGUCAUCACACUCUGGUAUCGUCCACCAGAGCUGCUGCUGGGGGAAGAAAGAUACUCACCAGCCAUUGAUGUUUGGAGCUGUGGGUGUAUUCUGGGGGAACUCUUCACUAAAAAACCAAUCUUUCAGGCCAAUCAGGAGCUGGCACAACUUGAGCUAAUCAGUCGACUAUGUGGCAGCCCUUGUCCUGCUGCUUGGCCUGAUGUCAUUAAGCUGCCAUAUUUUCACACGAUGAAACCGAAGAAGCAGUAUCGGAGACGGCUUCGUGAAGAGUUUUCCUUUAUUCCUGUCCCUGCUCUGGAUUUGCUCGAUCAUAUGUUGACCCUUGACCCCAGCAAACGUUGCACUGCUGAGCAGACCCUGCAGAGUGAUUUCUUGAAAAAUGUGGACCCCACGAAAAUGCCUCCUCCUGACCUUCCUCACUGGCAGGACUGCCACGAGCUCUGGAGUAAAAAGCGUCGACGACAGAAACAAGCAGGAAUUGUUGAAGACCCGCCUUUGCAGAAGACUGCUCGUAAGGAAACCGUGAUCAGCACUGAUGAAAGUAGGAACAGCACUCCACAGACUGUUCCGUUGGGACAGAGUAAACCACAGAGCAGCAUCACAGAUGUGGGCGGCAUCAGAGACGCAGCACAACAAUUAAACCAGAAUGAGUUAGCAGUGCUGCUGAACCUGCUGCAGACACAGACUAACCUCAGCCUCACCCAGCUGGCACAAGCAUUGAACGUCAGUACUAACCCAGAGACACAGCAGCAGUGGAACGUCCUUAGUCAAUCACUGGUGGCUCUGGCUGAAGCUACCAGUCAGCAGCAGGAUGCUCAGCUUCCCGUAGUACCCCAACAUACUUCUCCCUCUAUACCAUCCACCCAGCCUCCUCCAACAGCAGCACCAGCUCCAUCUGCAGCAACACCCUUAACACCGAUAUCAGCUCCCCUUCCACAGGUCCUUGCUGCCCUACCACAGGUGACAUCCACCCAGCCAUCUCAGUCCGUAUCUCAGGAGGCUGACACCCAGAGUGACACACAGAACUUGUUGACUGUUUUACUUAGUCAGCUGGUUAAAUCUCAGGAACCCGCUACAGUGCCUGAAGAAACCAAUGGCAUCAAAGCAAGUGAUGGACCACAGCAGCUGCAAACUCCCACUAUCAGUACUGACGCUGCAGAUGGUGCUGCCCUCACUAAGCUGGAUUUAAAAGUUCCUGCGCCACCUCCUGCAGUAAGUCAAACUCGAAUUCUUCCUCCAGACCAGCGACCACCAGAGCCUCCUGGCCCCCCACCCACCUUGGGUGAUACCGAUUGUCGAAUUAAUCUUCGAGGAAGCCCCUCUACCAAGGACCCGAAUGCAGGAGUGAAAGCUGCUUUGCUGCAGUUGCUGAACAAAGAGGACUCACAGGAGAACGACAGACUUAACAGAGUGCCGGAAUAUGGCAGCUCACAUUUAACUAACAGCUAUGGUACAGACGGGUUCAGGAAUAACGUCAGUACAAGUGAGAGGAGAGACUCAGAGAUGACUGGGCACACACUACUGGACAGCAAAUCUGCCAUGUGUGCCAGCACUUCCAAACAGCUGACCCAAUCCAGGACAUUGUCCAGUUCACUGAGUGAAUUUGGAGAGUCCACUACGUACCAGGACAUGGGUGCGAUGCAGUUUACAGCAGAUCAGGAUCACCGGUUUAACUUUACCAGGGUUACUCUACCAGCUCUGGUAACUGGUACAGAAGGUAACAAUAGCACAAGUAUGUCUGCAGACGCCAAACCACCAAACUACAGCUACAGCAGCCCAAUGCCGGGAAGUGCUGUGCCCAGCAGCACCAUGACUGGACUGAGCUGGAAUGCACCAUCACGGGGCUCAGGGUAUAACAGGGUACAUGGCAGAAUACCUACCAGAGGUGGCAGAGGAAGGGGUGUACCAUACUAACGUUGGGGCUCACCUUUAAUGCUGUGUUACUAUCAUAUCCGUGAAGAGAAGCGACUGUGAUCACCUUUGACAGGGUUGAAGAAAUCCACUCGCCCACAUCCAUUGCUGGCAGGGUGAGGACUGACCACAGGGGAUGAUUUGGCUCAUAAGAAGCCAUCUGCAGUGUGUGAACUGGAGGCCCUUUAUGUUAGGGUGAGGAAUCUUUCACUGUAACAUUACACUGUUGGGGAGGUUCCCCAUGAUCUAUAUAAUCAAUUUGCAAACAUUUGAAGUCUUUGAAGACUAUAGGACAAUAUUGAAAGGAAACUAUAAGAGGGAACAAUUCUCUAGCCAUGUUGGCAUGUCACGAUGCAACAAAACGGGUUGUGGGAAGUCUGUGGAAUUGCAAUGGGCUUAAAAUAAAGCCCAAAGUAUAAUAUGUAGAGUAAUCCCUAAAGUGGAAAGAUUAUUGACAAGCCUACUGUCAGAGAAGUACACUGGAAUCUGCUUGGCAGGCUGGCUUGUAUCAUCUGUUUAUUAUAAAGGUUUCAAAGCCCGGACCAUUUCCUCCUCAUUUCUCUGUACCUGAGCCUCAGUGAAGCCACUUUAUGUUGUGUUAUUUUCUAAGUUACAAGCAUCUCAGCAAAGCUGCAAUUAAACCUGAACAAUGUUCUCACCUGGCUUAAGGUGUGAAUUCCUUUACCUUUGAGCAGAUUCAGUCAAUGACCCAGGUGUUGCUGCACUUCCCAAUCGGUGUCACUCAGUAAUCCUUCCGUUCUUUCUGAUUGAUCUCCAUUCUUCUCAUGGAUUCAGCUCCUGGUCCCAUCAUUGUUUUUCCUAAGUUCUUUAUUCACUUUUUAAAAAAUAUUUUACCAUUUCACUUUCUGCUAAAUUGCCACAUAAUCCUAAAUGUAGUGAGAAUUAUCUUUCAUUUCCAAUCUCUCUGUGCUUUCAAGCUGUGGAUUUUGUGUUGGACCAUCUCUUGUGUGACUUGAAUUGCAUGAGCUGUCCAUAGCCCUUCGCCACCAGCUCCCUGUGGGUAGCCUCUGCACAGAAUGUCACUGGCCUUGUGGUGACAGCAAUGGGAAGCUUGUGGGGAUCUCCCUGGGACUUGCACAUUUAGAGUGAUGUGGCAUUUCCGUGUAGUAGCUACCCUUUAACAUCAUCUGUCUGGGUGAGCUUCACAUCAAGACAUGGUUUAGUUGCUAUAGUAACAAAUUAUUGUUCUGAGGAUGAGGUUACUGAAUUUUUUUCAGCUUUUAGUAAAUUUUACUUUAAUAAAAAAAUAAUAAAUCCAGCUGCUGACUGAU